UCCGACCUUUAACCCUGCCAUGUGUGUCACGUCUCCCGUGCAAGAUCCUUUUCUAUAGUAGCCAGGGAGAGGUGUAGGGGCCCCGGCGGGCCACAGCGGGCCACAGCCCUGCAGCGAUUUCGCUUGUGUAGCUUACAGUGUUGUUGUUGUUGCUACUAUGCUAAUCUGUUACGACGUGGAAAGAAUAGCGAUGCCUUGAGUUUUUGUAGAAAAAUGCAUAUAUAAAACUGGCUUAUAGUUUAUUUUCUAUGCAGUGUGUUGGGGAAAAAGGGAAAAUACAAAGGCUGAAGUAUCUAAUAUGCUAAUGGGAGAUGCUCAUGGUGUAACUAUCUUUCAUUUGAAAUAAGAGUUUAAGAAGGAGAAUCUUAAAAUGGCGGAGCGUGGGGCGCACAUCACCACAGCAUCGCCCGCUGAUGACCGACCCUCUAUUUUUGAAGUUGUAGCUCAGGAGAGCUUGAUGGUGGCCGUAAGGCCUGCGCUGCAUCAUAUUGUCAAGGUCCUCGCAGAAUCAAAUCCUGCACGAUAUGGCCUCCUGUGGAGAUGGUUUGACGAACUGUACACGCUACUUGAUCUGCUUCUACAGCAGCAUUACUUGUCCUGGGCCAGUGCCUCUUUCUCUGAGAACUUCUAUGGACUAAAGCGUGUGGCCAUUGGGAGCACAGGGAGACAACAUACCUUGCAAAGGAAGGAAUACUGGAAGUCCCUGAUGCUGCUGGUGCUGGUACCUUAUCUACGACUGAAGCUGGAGAAAUUAGUGAAGAAGUUACGAGAAGAGGAAGACUAUUCUAUACAAAUCCCAACAUUAUUCCGUAAAAGAUGUUAUAAAGCUAUUCUGGCAUCAUACCCAUUUGUGAAACUGUCUUGGGAAGGUUGCUUUCUGUUUUAUCAACUCCGAUAUAUUCUGUGGAAUACAAGGCAUCACUCGCCACUGCUCAGCCUAGCUGGAGUGCAGCUUGCUAGGCUGACACUGGAAGACAUGCAAGCCAUGGAUAGUAAAUCUGGAAAAAGCGUGUCCACGCAGUCUGUUCUGAGUGUGGGCAGCAUUUUGAAGAAAGCUCUUGGUGGUGUGUCUAUGACUCUCUCCUCCAGCCUAUCCCUGGGUGUCUUCUUCCUCCAGUUUCUAGAGUGGUGGUAUUCUUCAGAAAAUCAAGAUACUCUUAAGUCCCUGAGCUCCUUGCCGGCCCCCUCUCCUCCUAUACAUUUUGACUUAGAAAUUUACUCCCCACUCCUGCCCAAGCUAAAGACAGUGUGUCCACUUUGUCGCAAAGUACGAGUAAAUGAUACAGCCCUCGGCACCUCGGGCUAUGUCUUCUGCUACAGGUGUGCCUACUACUAUGUGAAAAAUCACCAGCGGUGUCCCGUCAGCGGCUAUCCAACAGAGCUACAGCAUCUCAUACGACUCUAUACACCCGAUAGCUAAGUACUGGUAGACCACUACAAAGAGAUGUUUUGUCUAGGGCUAAAACCAACUCACAUAACACCCUCAUUUACAUAAUUAAAGAUACAGCGUGGGGAAAAAGUAUUUUUGUCAUUUCAGUGAGGAAAAACAAAGUAUUAUAAGGUGUUUAAUUAGUUUUAUUAUUUGCAUUAAUAAAACAGUGUAGGGUUUUGUUUGAGUUAAACUUUACUGUAUUGCUCCUUAUUAAAAUAUUGGAAAUUA